AAGGUCAAAGGUCAGGUGAACCAUUUCUGAUACGAAGUUAGACCGCAACACACACAAAUAGUUUCGUAAAUAUAGUUCACUUUCAAUGGACGUCGAUGAAAAGUUACUUUCUUACAAAAAUUCAGGGGUUGGCAGUAGGGAUUACUUGGAUAUGUUUUCUUGAGGUAAAUUAUAAGUAAAUCUGAUAUGUACUAUAUAUGUAGAUCAUUUGUGGCAUUUUGUUUCCCGAGUUAUUGCCCUCCGGAAGUUUGCAUCAAAGCUACCUACACAAACGACAAAUCUAGCAAUUGAGAGUUAAAGAUUUUGUUUUGUUACUUUUUAGUGAUGGAUGAAGUUAUUACUUUCGUCGAGAAACUAAUUCCUGAUAUAUCUCAAACCCAGUUCAGUCUUUUAAGGUCUAGAUUUGAAGACAUAGGCAUCUCAACUAUUGAAAACUUAACAUACUUGAAUGUUGAGGAUUUGACAGACAUUUUGAAACUUGUUCCUGCGAGACGAUUUAUAGCUGAGGUUAAAAGGAGGCUUAAUAUUGCUGAUGUUGGAAACUUGUCAUCAGCCUCUGCAGAAAGUACUUAUCAAACAGACCACAGUACAUCAACAUGGUUGUUGAAUUCUUCUGCCACUGGCUGUGCAAGUAGUGCCAGUAGUUCUUUUUCUGAUGACACAAGAUCUGGUUCUCCAUCAAUUACACAAUUAUGGUCUCAGUCUUUUAAUAUUCCUUGGGAAAAGUUUUCCAAAUCUUUUUUGGAAGAUUGCGAAAAGAAAAAAAGACCUGAUGAAUCAAUGCGUCGUGAGGCAAUACGAAUAUUAUGCCAAAGUAUGAGAGAAGUAUGUACAAAACCAAACUCCAAAGACAUUCAUGUGAUCGCGGCAAAAUUUGUAAAUGAAUACAAAGAAUCAUUGGGAGAUAUGAUAAUGGGAAAGAUGAUCGGUAAUGGGUACUCCAGUGUCCUGUCUAGUAUGACUGAACGUCUCAACAAUUUGAAUCGAAAAACAAGCAAUGGGCCCAGCAUUGAAUAUGAUUCCAGUAAAGUGUCUUCGCAAAAGUAUGGCUGUCUGUCAACAUGGAGCAUAGACAUCGACUCUGAGGAAGAACAGGGUAUGGUCGAAAAACGUGAUUGGAUGAAAAAUGAAUUUAUGAAAUCGAAAAAUACUAGUUGCUUAAGCACGAUCACAGAAUACAUGAAAGAAACCUAUCCUCUUCAAAGAAAAACUAUAAAUACUGGUAGUACUGAUGAUGUACGGAAAGAUUUCCCUUAUUUGUUUGAAAAACAAUUUAUGGCUGUGCAUUUUGAAAGACUCACGGGACACUCCUUGGAUAAUUAUAAAAAGUCGGAGAAGAAGAAGUUUUCAGUUAUUCAUUUUUUACGAAAAGAAAAGUCUCCAGUCUUGAGAAAAGCAAUUGCUGAUAUGGAUUUUUACGUGAAAGAGACAAAUCAUCACAUAAAGUUAAUUGCGUUUGUAAAGUUAUUGAUGGUGUCUUUUAAGGAAGAUGGCCUUUUGGAAUUUUAUCAGGUGUGUUAA